AUGUCAUGUUUGACAUUAGAUCGUGUUGAGGCGUCAGCAGAAGAGUAUUGUCCUGACUCAGAGCUCGUGUUUGUAGUGAAACAGAGACGCUCCGUGUUGCAGACACAGAUGAGAAUCCAGACUGACGUGGACCUGAGUGAUGCAGCCGUCUCUGAGCAGCUGCUCAAACUGGUGCGUCCAUGUCUUAUGUUCAGUCUGUACAACCUCACUCACUCUGAUUCUUUCUCAAACAGCUCCAAGAAAGACUCCAGGAGAAAAGCCCUGGGACUGACUUCAAACUGCGAUGGAGCAAGGCCCCAGAAAAGCAAGACUCUACAUAAGUUUAUGAAAAGGCCAACUUUCUGA